AUGGAAACAUAUCGUGAUAUGUCGAAUGUGUUGAUAACAGAUGAUGUUGAUCAACAAUGUGUUGAUAUAUUGCAGUCUAUUGGCUUUAAUGUUGAGAAAGAUCUAUCAUUAGCUAAAAAUAGUGAACAAUUAAUUGAAAAAAUGAAGAAUGUUGAUAUAUUAAUCGUAAGAAGUGCAACGAAAGUCACAGCAAAAAUAAUCGAAAAUAGUCCACGUUUGAAAUUAAUUGGACGUGCUGGUACUGGUACAGAUAAUAUUGACACUGAUUCAGCCACAAAACAUGGAAUUUUAGUUAUGAAUACACCUGGAGCAAAUACAUUAAGUGCUGCUGAACAUACUUGCGCAUUGAUAUGCUCAUUAUCCAGAAGUAUACCAGCUGCAUGUGCAUCAAUCAAAUCGAGUGUAUGGGAACGAAGUAAAUUCAUGGGAGAAGAACUGAAUGGAAAAACAUUGGCUAUUAUCGGUCUGGGACGAAUUGGACGCGAAGUAGCAAAACGUAUGCAGUCAUUCUCAAUGAAGACAAUCGGUUAUGAUCCAAUAAUCACUGCUGAACAGAGUGCCACAUUUGAUGUCGAAUUUUUAUCAUUUGAUCAGAUAUGGCCGAUAGCCGAUUAUAUCACAAUACACGUACCAUUAAUGAAUGAAACAAAACAUCUUAUUAAUGCUGAAGUAUUCUCAAAAUGUAAAAAGGGUGUUCGAGUAGUCAAUGUAGCUCGUGGUGGCAUUGUCGAUGAAAAAGCACUGCUCGAAGCACUUAAAACCGGUCAAUGUGGAGGUGUGGCGCUAGAUGUAUUCGAAGAGGAACCUCCAAAAGAUUUCACACUGAUUAAGCAUGAGAAUGUGAUUGCAACACCUCAUCUAGGUGCUAAUACUAAAGAGGCACAAAAACGAGUUGCUAUCGAAUUGGCCGAACAAAUAAGAGAUUUUAAAAUGGGUAUAUCAUUAAUUGGAGUUGUAAAUGGAUCAGCUGUGAUGAGUCAGUUUUCAAACACUAAUCGUUCAUUACUUGUUUUAUCACGUUCACUUGGUGAAUUAUUAAUUCGAAUAAAUAAACACGAAGAUAUUUCGUCUCCCAUAACGAUUUCCUGUCAUAAAAGCAUAUCACCAAUGGUUUAUGAUGCAUUAGCUGUCUACUUUUCAUUUGGAUAUUUACAUGAAUUAGGAAAUAGUAAAGCAAAUUUUGUUAAUGCUCAACAUCUCUUAGAAGAAAAAGGCAUUGAAAUUCGUAUGACAUCUGGUAAACAUGAUGAAUUGUUGGUUAUUCACAUGCCAUCUGAUCAUAAUAAUUCAUCGAAUAAACUGAAUAUUGUACAUGAAGUCAGUGGUACACUGGAUAAAGAGCGAUUAUAUUUAUGCUCAAUAAACGGACAUAAAUUUGAAAACCAUGUACCACUACAAUUGAAUCGAUCAUUAUUGGUCAAAUCGUAUUAUGGAUCAUUCUACAAUUAUUUAAGAUUACUAACAUAUGCAUGUUUUGUUUUAGGAGGUGAUCAAUUUCAAGACUCAAAUGUUACCGCUGUUUACAAUACAACACAUAGCGAUAAAAAUGGCGAUAUAAAAUGGUGUGCAAUAUUAACAUCAUAA